CAACUAAAAGCAGAAAACAACUGGGAGACGAGAUCUGGGAUUUUGUACAGAAGCAAUUGUUCGAUUUUUCAGGGGUUUAGGGAAAACUCAUAAGUAACCAGGCGUUAGCGGAGAUGUUCUCCCGCAGGAGCAGGUUUCUUUCGUUCCCUUUGGUGAUUGGAGCAGUAAUGUAAGUUCCCCCAGUGUACCCCUUCUGGGUUUCGUUUCUUGCGUUCGAAAAACCUCAUUUCUUUCUGCUUCCGUUGUUCAUCGCAAUGGGUUUCUGGGGUUUUGGCUGCGAAAUUUCUCGGACUUAUUUCUUUUGAGUGUUCGGUGCUAGUUAUGAACUCUCUAUCGUGUUCUCUUUUUUUUUGCUAUGUUUUAAUGCUGAGUAGAAAAUUUGAUUGAAGGGGAUACACGAAAUUUAUAUCCAUGAGAGAAGAAAGGGACAACGCGGAAAUGGAAAACAACAGGGAAGGAAUUCCCCAGGAACAUGAACCAACCAGGUAACAGAAAUAGCUGAAACCGCUGGGCUACGGGCUGCAGAAUAAGAGUAGACACCGCUCUGUCUUGAUAGGGCUUAUCUUAGAAUCGAUGCAAGGGUUUGCAAACCUAGUUUGGCUUCAGCAGUUAAUUGUCUGCCGACUGGUUGAAGAACAAUCACAAUGAAAGAUUGAUUUCCUGAAAUGUUUGCUAAUGCUGGAAUGCGAGGAGACCGGUUUCGAAGUUAUUAGACCUCAUUGUUGAGUUGGGUGCUUUCUAUAACUUGUAGAUGUUAAGUAGAUUUAACAAAGAGUCAGUCUUUGAUGGUUUUUGUUUGGUUUCAGCUGCAUUCCUUUUGCACAUCAAUUGUCAAUGUUGAAGAGUGCUGGUCUUUGAAAAAGCCUUGUUCUUGGACUAGUUUCUGGCUGGUGUUUGGGAUUAUCAUCCUUUAAUGAUUGAAAUUCUGCAUUUUGGGUUGUUUUCCAGUUCAUUUUUUAACGUUCUGAUUGUUUGGUGGAUCUUUCUGCAGCGUUGGAGUUGUUUCUGGGAAGGCAAUAUUUGGCCAACCACUUGAUGAGUACUGGAAAAAGAAGCUUCAAGAAGAGGCAGCAACUGCUGCUGCUGCUGCUAAAGAGACCAACGAAAACUCGAGCAGUGAAUAACAGUUCUAACCAGUCUUCACCACCCUAUCACUUGCAUUUUCAUCCGGUCCCGUUUUUAUAUAGUAGGAGUGGGAAUCGUUCUCCAGACUGCUUGGUGAAGACAGGUUUGCAUAGUUUCAUAUAGGCUCAUUGCUCCUCUCACUAUACAAUAUCUACUGCAGGCAGAGUUCCUAAGACCUUACUAGAUUUUCAUCUUUACGCUUCUCGUGUGAACUUUCGCACCUUUUCUUUUGCCUCCAUUUUCGUGGUCCAAGGGGCGGAGAUGUACAUGUAGACUUUAUACACUGCAAUCCCAUCGUUCAACCGAAGACAGUCAACUUGCACUCUAGUUUCUCUGCUAUCUUCCCUCUACAGCAAAAAGUGACGAUUACCUGCAAACUCUGAAGCACAAUUGCAGUGCAACCGAUCUCUAAGGAGAUGUACAUGUCAAAGGAUAUUGUAAAAUAAGCUCAUCAAAUCUUCUGAUGGAUAAAUUCCAGAAAUGGUUUUACUCUCUUCCCACCGUUGGUGCAUUGUUCUCGAAUCACUGAGAAUUCAGACGAUUGUUUUGUGUCAUUAAAUACUUGCUGAUGGAUAGACCCAACUGCGGCUUUUAUUGAGCAUUUAGUUUCAGAACUUACCCUCUCUAAUGCUGCAGCUACUCGUCACCCAUAUCACUUCAUAUCUUCCAACUGCUCCUGUGGCAUCCGGACUUGGCUUUCUAUGGACAGGAAGCCAAAUGAGUAGCUGGCCUUCACUAUCUCAAACUGAUGCUCAUUCAAGAGGAUUCAUUAGUUUAGAGACUUCUCCUUCAUUCUCCCAUAUUGGCUCCGUCAUUAGAGCAGAACUUUGGAGGCAUUGUAAGGUUUUCGUCCUCGAGUGCGUCAUGGGAUUCAUCCCAUUUGUGCAAAGAUUCACUUCAAUAGCACAAAGAUGUACGGGAGUCCAAAAACAUAAGUACCUGUAACAUCUAAGUUAGCUAAUGCUGCACCAAACUUGUCUUUCUUAUUCAAGUUGGUAGUAGUCUAGUAGAGCAUUCCAUGUAUCUCAUAUCAAAUAAGGAAUAUUGAGGAUAGUUGAGAAGCAGGAGCUGGAAUUAUUAUCCAUGCGGAUGAACUGAAUUACUGCUGAAAAUUCCAUAGAAGAAUCACCUUCUCAAAACUAGGGAUAAAACUAGGGAUGGCAAAUUACCAUGGGUAAUUAUACCCAAACCCAAGUAGACCCAUUGAUAAUGGGUUGGGUAUGGGUAUGGGUGAAGUGCAUAUGGAUUUGGGGGUUUAUAGAUGAGUUUGGGUAAGGUAUGAAUAUUGCUUCCAUAAUCUAAAAGGGUAUGUGUUGGAUAUGGAUAUCCAUUUACUUGAGGGUGUUUUAACUACACAUGCAAAAAUUGGACCUAUUUGUAAAACUUGAAAAGUUUAGGUACAAAAAAUGUAAGAUAAAAAAUUUAGGUACCAAAACGUAAUUUUCCAUCGAUAUUUUGAGGACUUAUAUGCAAAAAAAAUUAAAUUUAGGUACUAAAUAUGCAUAUCUAUUAAGUUUGGGUACCCAACUGUAAUUUGUGUUUGGGCAUGGGUACAAACCCAAAUCCAUUUGAUAUAAACCCAACUCAACCCAAAGUAAAUGGUAUGGGUACAAACCCAUCAAACUCUACCCAUAUCCAUCUAUUUGGAUUUCAUACCCAACCCAAUUGGGUUGGAUAGUAAGAAACCCAUGGGUAUGGGCAAACUUGCCAUCCCUACUCAAAACAAAUCUUGAAACAAAUGUUUGAUGCUAUCAUAGAUCGCUAACAACACAGCUCUAGCAAUGUAUUCGUCUUCUCAAUUAGUCGUUAGCACUCUAAGAAAACUUCCUUCAACAUUCCUAGAACAUUGCUGGCAAACAUUCUGGAAGUAAUUCUUGACCAGCAUGACCAUCAAUCAAAUAAAUGGAAGAGCACAAAUAAUGUUUUUUUUUUCCGGUAAUUAGAACUUUAUCAUUAAGCACCCUCUUGGCUAAAACCAGCACAAGAGUUCGAAAAAUACACACGCUAAACGCCCACAAAAUCCCCUUACAUCAAGAGAAACACCAAAACUACUACUCUAUGCAUUGACAACAGCUAGUAGUUAGCUUAAGCUGGGCAAGAAAUUCAGGAUGGCCACAAGCAUAGAGUCACAUCUCAUCUCUGAUCAACUCUGCCAGCACCUUAACAGUUCGAGGAUGCUCCCGAAAUACACGUCGACGUCGUUCCUUCCAUACAAAACAGACACACAAACUCCAAACUGAGGCUUCAAUCAAACCACAACUACCUUAAUCCUUGAUUCUUUGAAUCAUAUACAGCAACAUUCAGAGCACUCUUGUAGGAUUUGCACCCUAUAUCCCAGCACCACGGCAGCUACCUCAUGCACAUACUCACACUGACAUAAUAAAUGAUUUCUGCUUUCCUCUGACAAACCACAAAGCGAACAAGAAAUAUCAUUGAUCAUACCCAAAAGUUUGAGCUUGUCUCUUGUGUUAAUCCUGUCCAGCAGAAUCAACCAAACCUGCACACUGUUUCUGGGCAACAUAUAUUUAUUCCAUACCACUUUCCACCAAGCAACCCUUGGUUGCUUCUUUCAUAUUGAUUCUCAUACAAUUGAAAUCGAGUACUUUUCCAACUUCUUCCCCUGCUACUUAACACAACCCUGCUCUACCUGCAUUCUAAAUCUCAACCAAGAGCGAAUCUUAAGAAUCUGCUUCCAGAUCCAAGAUCCACAGGAAGUAAUACGAGCCUCCCAAACGGAAACUCCCCUGAAUCGAUACCCAGAAAUCUAGGCAACCCAGAAACUCCCUCCUUGGAGAAGAAGUAACCAAAUCAGCCUAGCCAAAGCUAGGGAUGCUAAUCGGUAAUGCGGUUAACGAUUUAACCGAUAACCGUACUAGUAACCGCGGUAAUCGGUUAAAUCGUUAACCGAAGAAAAUGGUGAUCGGAGGAGAAUAUUUCCCUAGCGAUAUACCGGGAUCGAAGCUGGCAUUGAGCGUCGGCCGAUCGGUAUUCCGACACCGACUGGCAAAGGGAAAUUAAGAGGCAUCAACGAACAAAACAAUGAUUAGGAUUUGUAGCAACAAAACAUCGGCCACCCAAAAAGCCCUAACCCCUAAGUAAUUAACUAAACAUCUAAAUCAGACAUUUAUUGUUCUAUCCCCUGGCUACUGCACCAUGACCGUCAAUCCCUCCUCGGCUCCUUCGUUCAUUGAAUUCGAAUUUAAACGUUGUCUACGUCGCUGGCGCAAGCUCCACGCAAGGGCCAAGAGACACGACCCAACAGCCCUCAUCCAGUCAUCCUCUCCGCCAGGCACGGUCUCCAUCAAGCUUCGUCGCCUUUGCUCUGUUUCCGUCAAACCCCGUCGUCUCUAUCACUGGCGCAAGCUUCACCCACGGGCCAAGAGACACAACCCAUCAGCCCAAAUCCAGACCAGUCAUCUUCUCCGCCAAGCUCUGUUUCAGACUUUCAGUCAAGCCCCUUCGCCGUUGGCCGUUUCUCUAUUUUCUUCGAGCAGUGAAACUUGAAAGGAGUGAGUUUGUGUCUUUGUGAUGAACUCAUGAUAUACUAUUGACAGAUAUAUAUAUAUUGUCUUUAUUUCUUUCACUACCAGACACAAGAGGACAAGCCAACAAGACAAAUGGACAAGAGGACAAUGUUUAU